AAAUAGCCACCAGGUUUAUUGUUUACCAAAAAAAUUUGUUCGAAUGGGUUUCAUUCAAUUUUGGAUCAAUUUUUCAUUCUUUCAAUUUUGACAAUAAAGUUUUUGUUUUUUAAAAAACAGAAAGAAAUGGCUCAUUAUAAAGGUGCAGCAUCCGAAGGUGGUCGAGCAUUACAAUUACAGAAACAACGUGAAAAAGCAUUAGAAGAUUUGGAAUUACGAAAGAAAAAAAUUGGUGAUGAAUUGAAAUUAUCGAAUAUUGGUAAUAAAUUUGCUGCUCAUUAUGAUGCUAUUGAACAACAGAUUAAAUCAUCAACUGUUGGUUUGGUUACAUUGGGUGAAAUGCGUGCUAAACAAGAAGGUCUUGUUAAAGAACGUGAAAGACAAUUAGCAUUGAAAAAAGAAUCAAUGAUUAAAAAAGAGAUUGAAUUACGUAAUGAACAGAAAGAAAAACAACGAAAACAAAUUAAAGCAUUAUCGUUUCGGCUUGAUGACGAUGAUGAAGAUGAAGACGAAGAUGAAGAAGAAAAACAGAAUAAUGAUGAUAAUGAUACCAAUAAUAAUGGUGAUGGCAAAUCUGAAACCGAUAUAAUUCCAAAUAACGAUAUCGUCAAUAAUGAAGAUUCAAAAUCAAAUUUAGAUUCAUCCGAUAGUAUCAGUCAAGAUUCAUUUAAUCAUGAACCAGAAAAGAAAAAACGUAAAAUGAUAAAAAAUCCUGAUGUUGAUACAAGUUUUCUACCGGAUCGUACACGUGAAGAAGAAGAAAAUCGUCUCCGUGAACAGCUACGACAAGAAUGGGUAGAAAAACAGGAAAAAUUAAAAAAUGAAGAAAUUGAAAUUACAUUCAGUUAUUGGGAUGGUUCUGGUCAUCGACGAUCAGUAAUGAUGAAAAAAGGCAAUACAAUUUAUCAAUUUUUACAAAAAUCACUGGAAUUAUUACGUAAAGAAUUUCAUGAAUUAAAAACAGUUACAACUGAUCAAUUAAUGUAUAUAAAAGAAGAUUUAAUUAUACCACAUCAUUAUAGUUUUUAUGAUUUUAUUGUUACAAAAGCACGUGGUAAAAGUGGACCAUUAUUUAGUUUUGAUGUACAUGAUGAUAUACGAUUAGUAUCGGAUGCAACUGUUGAACGUGAUGAAUCACAUGCUGGUAAAGUAUUAUUACGUAGCUGGUAUGAACGUAAUAAACAUAUAUUUCCGGCUAGCCGUUGGGAACCAUAUGAUCCACAAAAAAAUUAUGAAAAAUAUACUAUCGGGGAUCGUGUUAAAAAAUAGAAAAAAAAACCAAAAU